AAAAAGUUUGUUGUAGAAUUGUCAAUAGGAUGGAGAUGGAUGGAGUGAGUUGUUUUGUGGCAAGUCUAGUUACCUCAGACUCAGCUCAUGUGAACAAACCAUUAUCUGACGUACACAGAAAUCAAUUACACAACGGUGGUUUACGAAGUAAUAAAGCUCGACGUUGUCAUCAACCAAGGAUGCUACUUCGUCCUAUGGUUUCUGUAACCGACUUUGGUUGUUACGGUAUAACGGAAGAGAUAGAACACAGCUUGCAUAAAAUAACUGACUGGGGUACGCGUUCACAAGAGGACCAAGGCAUUGUCGUAGAUUGUGAACCGAUUCUGGACAAACUUCAUAUUUCCUCCGAUUCUUCUAGUUCUUCUUCAAACUCCUCUGCCGAAUCAAGAAAGGCACGAAAGUUGGACAAAUAUGGAAGAUUGUCGGUGUUAGAGGACUCUUCUCCUAUUCACAAGAAAGAAAAGCGCAAAGCAGCCAAGAGACUCAGACUUGGGUCUCUUAACAAAACCCUAACCGAGAAUAGGGAUUCUCCUAGAGAGGUCCCUUUUUUAUGGAAACAGACGCAAGUAACUGGAGAGCUUUCAAGUGAUAGUGAAAAUGUUCAGUUGGGUGUUUGUUGUGAUAAGAGUUGUUGUAGGAACAAGGGUUGGCAAACAGUCCAUCAGGUUAUUCUGCAAAGGGAACUCGGAAGAGAUAGUGCCUUGGAAACCUUGCCUAUCAAGUGCAAAAAGCUUUGUAGUAAGAAAGGCUUCACGGUGACUAUUCAAGGCAAGAGUUUUGGAAAUAUGAAUGCUGAUUCAUUUUAUCAAGUUUUAUCAAGUACAUGGAAACAAGGUGAAAGGGUUCAUGAAGUGAUGAUGCGUCCGGCAGCUUAACUUGUAUUCAUAUCAUCGAGGCAAUGAAAAAGUGUACAAUAAACAAUACUUUGAAAUUGUACCCAUCAUUUUACAU